GAUGUAUAUAUGUACCCAAGUUGAUUCUGGCAGUUAACUAUUACACGGAUCUCCACCUGCAUGUGCUUGGUCCAAGAUAAUAGCCCCAUGUGGCUGAAGCCAAUCAGCAUUUCCAAUUUGCUAACCACCGGCUUCCGUCAUUUCGCCCGUUCGUCAAUCUGCUCCAUUUCCGAAGCUUCACUCCAACUUACGACAUCCCGCCGAGAACCUCGUCCGUAUCGCAGCCAUGUCGGCCCGGAAGCCAGUCUUCAACCAGCAGGUUCUCUACGACACCACUCCCCUGCCGGACUCUAUCCCCCCGGUUAAGGAGAUCGGAGCUACGUCUGCGCCUCUCCUCUCGGCUUCCUUCUUCAUCGGCGCCCGGUGCCGCCCUUACAACGAUGACUUCAUGCAAUGCAAGAACGAGAACCAUGGCAAGGGCGAGUUCGAGUGCUUGAAGGAGGGCCGACGAGUAACUCGGUGCGCCGCCAGCGUGAUCGACGAUAUCAACACCCACUGUCUAGACGAGUUUCGCAAGCACUGGCAGUGCCUCGACAACAACAACCACCAGCUAUGGCAAUGCCGGAAGGACGAGUGGAAGCUCAGCAAAUGCGUAUUUGAUAACCUGAAACUUGAGAAGACUAUCCCCGAUACUGCCAAGGGCCAGCCCCCGGUCCACCUCCGGACGAAGCAGAUCUACGCCCACUAUCCCAUCUUAAGAGACCGCGGCCAGCCGCCGUUCGGCAAGGCCAUUGAUCCGCCUUCAGCACAAGCUCAGGCUGAUGCGCCGACAUCAUAAGGUGCCCUGGUUUAGGUAAGGGGCUUGAAGUAAUGAGAUAGCCGUGUAAAUAGCAAGAAUUGCAAUCGGGUUAAAAUCCAAUUUCUCUAAUUUACCCUCGUGGGAGCGGCUCCCAUGCCAGUCCGCCUCCUAUGAAAGGUACGAGUAGCAUGCCUCCCAGGAAGGCUACAGAGGCGACUAUUCAAAUGCUAUGCUAUUAGAAUAACCGUGCUGGGGAGCUUUACAGUAAGGCAUCUAACGCAGUGAGAAUAGGUACCCCUAUAAAGGUAACUCAUCUAUAAGUACCAAUACGCAUCGCAUAAAACAGUAGUUAGGUACCUAAGGCAAGGAGUUGAAGUAGCAAAUCAAGCAAUGCCUAAGGACAGAUCAUAUCAACCAUAUAAAACAAGUUUCUAGGAUGACUACCUAACCUAGAUAGAUUACCCUGGUCUACACCAUUCUGAGCAAUUGCAAAUCAAACGACGAACAAUACUCGCAUAUCCGCCACGUCCCAUGCCAACAAUAACAUAGGUUGAUCGCUCCGGCGAGGCAAUUAGGCCGGUGUAGAAAGACCUUGAGCUAAACUUGGCUAGCAUAUUCAACCCAUACCGGGGCUUACACUAAAAGGCGUUUCUUGAAGAA